UAGAUUGAUAGAAAUAUAUACUCUUAUUGAUUUUUUUUGAACAAAAUAUAUACUCUUAUUGAUAUCAACUUAUAUCUUAGGUAAAUACACUAUUGCAUAACACAAUUUGUGUCUUUGUUCUGAGUUCGCGGGUUCACUUACAUACAUACACAGUACUGAUGAUGGGAAGAACUGGGAUCGUCAAAGUACCAAAGCUGCUGUUAAGGAGUUGGGAGCAAGUCCAAGGACGAGCAGGGAUAAGCAGCAAAGCUGCAAAACCAAAUCCGAUGGUCAUCGACUACUCUAAAGAUAUUUCUGAUCAUAGGGUAGAGAUCAACUCUGGCUUCGAAAAGGAGUGGGCUCCACACCCACGUACCGGAAUAUUCUUUCCACCCGGACAAGCGUCGGUGAUGGUUGGUGUCUCUGAAGGUGCUGCUUCUUUUGACAUGACGUUUUGGCUUAGGAACGUCGACGGUGUGGACAAACCUGAUCCUGAUCAUCAUUUUCCUAACUGAAACAAAAAAAAGUGUAACAAUAGUGUGUCAAAAUUAUAAUGAUAUAUACGAUGUAUAACUAUAGCCAAAUAAUCCUGAGGAAUGGUGUGUACGCACAUUUGAUUAAUUAUAUAAUUUCGUAUAAUGUGUGAUGGUUCAGUAGC